GAAGUCGUUUCCUCCCCUAGUUGGUAGAUCCAUACGUAAUGUACUGCUACGAGAACUAAAGAGUUGAGAGAUAGUUGUCAUGAAACACUUUAUUGGUGUUGACGUCGGAACAGCCAGUGUGCGGGCUGCCGUUGUUGACUGUAAAGGAAAUAUCAUUGCUACGUCCACAGAAGAAAUCAAAAUCUGGAAUCCAAAAGCUGAUUUUUAUGAGCAGUCAUCCCAUGACAUAUGGAAAGCCGUUAUAAAAACUGUCAGGGGUGCUGUGGACAAGUCUGGAGUUGGUAAGGAGAGUGUUUCUGGAAUUGGUUUUGAUGGAACCUGUUCACUUGUGGUGCUGGAUAAGGACUGUAAACCUCUGUCAGUCAGCCAAACAGGUCUUGCUGAGUGUAACAUAGUUAUGUGGAUGGACCACCGUGCCGCUGAGCAGGCCAGUGUUAUCAACAGCACCAAACACGAUGUCUUACAGUAUGUCGGCGGUAAAAUGUCCCUCGAGAUGGAACCACCAAAACUGCUCUGGUUGAAGCAGAAUUUGAAAGACCACUGCUGGGAUAAAGCUGAACAAUUUUUUGACUUGCCAGAUUUCCUCACCUGGAAGGCAACUGGAAGUAUGUCAAGAUCCCAAUGCUCUCUGGUGUGUAAAUGUGGCUAUACUGCAACUAGCAAGGAACAUGGCUGGGAUGAUUCUUUUAUGACAUCUAUCGGAUUGCAAGAUCUCAUUGAAAAUGAAUACGUGAAAAUUGGUCAAGAGGUCAGAAAGCCUGGAGAACCAUGUGGGAAUGGUUUGUCUGAAGAAGCCGCAGCUGAACUGGGUUUACUUCCAGCCACACCCGUCUCCACCUCGAUCAUUGAUGCUCAUGCCGGGGCUAUAGGUUGUCUUGGUUGUCAGCCUACUCAUCUGAGUGUUGAAGGGUCAGAGGUCACAGGUCAUCUGGUUCUCAUUUGUGGAACAUCUACAUGUCAUAUGGUGUUGAGUGCUCAGCCAGUGUUUGUGCCUGGAGUGUGGGGACCGUAUUACUCUACAAUGAUUCCUGGAUACUGGAACAAUGAAGGAGGACAAAGUGCCACAGGAAAACUGAUAGAUUUUGUAGUUGAAAAUCAUUCAGCUUUUACAGAAGCCAGUGAGUUAGCCAGUAAGAGAGGAAUGCACAUCCAUGAUUAUCUCAAUUAUGUGCUGAACAACAUGGCUGUCAGCAGGGGCAGACAAUCUGUGUCUGAACUGACAGAAGACCUUCAUGUGUGGCCUGAUUACCAUGGCAACAGAUCUCCCCUUGCUGAUCCAACCUUGAAAGGAAUGGUGUGUGGAUUGACUCUGCUCGCUAGUGUUGAAAGUCUGGCCUUGCUGUAUCUUGCUACAGUGCAAGCACUGGCAUAUGGAACUCGUCACAUUCUGGACAAGAUGAAUGACAGUGGACACAAAAUAUCGGCAGUGUACAUCUGUGGAGGACUUAGAAAAAAUGAGCUUUUUGUUAAAACAAAUGCUGAUGUGAUUGGUCUACCAAUCAUAUUACCCGAUACAUCAGAGACAGUGUUACUAGGGUCAGCCAUUCUAGGAGCUUGUGCUUCCCACACUUUUGCCAGCACUGAGGAAGCCUUGAAACAGAUGGGAGGUCAAGGAACUGCUAUAAGUCCAAAUGACUAUGUCAAAAGAUUUCAUGACAAGAAAUAUAAAGUGUUUCUGAAGAUGCUGGAACAUCAAAAAGAAUAUCAGACUAUCAUGGCCUCCACCUAGUGACCAGGGGCACAUCCAGGAUUUUUCCUGGGACAGGGUACAUCCGAAAAUGGGCCAUCAGUAUUUGACAAUCUAUUAAUAAAUGAUAGAAAUUGAAUAAUUAAGGCAUUGACAAUCCCCAGAAGGGUCAAAAUCCACACAACCACUGCUGGUAGUAGUUCCAUUGCAAUACUUUGUUAAUCCAUACAAUUAUUAUUUUCUAUUUUUUUAAAAUCUAUUUUACUUAUGCAAAUCUUAUUAAAUGUCCAAAUGAUUAUUUAAUGCAUGUUGAGCAUUUGCAAUGAAUGAUAAAGGUGGUAAAUGUUUUUUCUAUUUGUAAUUUUAAUUAUAUGUAAUUAUGAAUAAUUAUUUUUUAUAAAAAUAUAUUGUAAAAUUUAUAUUUAAAAACCUGUUAUUUACAUCAGUACCGCGGUACUGGUUUCUUAAAAGUAAUUUUUUGUAUAUAUUUAAUACAUUUAGUUUUAGGUACUAUUGAGAUCUCAUAUUGACCAAGUGUGCUUUAAUAUACUACAGGAAUGCGAUAUUAAUUUUAAAUCAAAACUGAACUGUAAUAUUAUGCUCAAAUGAAGGUAAAUUUUUUUAGAUCAAAUUAAAUGUUUGUGAAAAUUAUUUUAUACUUAAGAGCUGGAAAAUCACAUCCCUAUUUUCAUAGAGCACUGGAUGUAAAAUUUCAGAUAUUGUGGAUUUCAGCUCAAUAUCUUGAUGUAUUGCAUAUAAAUACUAUAUAAGUUCAAGGCAUUAAGGAAAAAAAAUAAUAAAAAGUCCAAAAUACUAUCUUG